AUGCCGGCGGCGGCGGCGGCGGCGGGGGAAGGUGGGAAGGAGAAGGGCGCCAGCCCCGGCCCCGGCCCCGGGGGCGCGUGCGAGCUGUGCGGCGCCACGGCCAGGGUGUACUGCGGCGCCGACGAGGCCACGCUCUGCUGGGGCUGCGACGCGCAGGUGCACGGCGCCAACUUCCUGGUGGCGCGCCACACGCGCGCGCUGCUGUGCCGGGGCUGCGCGCGCCCCACGCCGUGGCGCGCCGCGGGCCCGCGCCUCGGCCCCACCGCCUCACUCUGCGACCGCUGCGUCCGCCGCGGCCCGGGGGCCGUGGGCGUCGGCGGCGACGAGGAGAUGGGCGGCGCGGGCGACGGCCGCGGGCACGAAGAAGAGGAGCACGACGACGGCGGCGAUGAUGACGACGAGGUGGUCGUCGAGGACGAGGACGACGACGAGGAGGAAGAAGAGGAUGAAGGGGAGGGGGAGAACCAGGUCGUGCCGUGGACAGAGGAGGCCGAGGCGACGCCGCCGCCCGUCGCCAGCUCCACGUCCAGCAGCAGCCGGGAGGCCCCCGCCAACGGCGCGAGCGGCGCAGAGUGCGCAAAGGAAAACGUGCCGUGCUCCACCUCGCAGCCGGGCCUGUGCCACUAUUCGUCGUCAGAGCGCCACGGCAGCCGCAGCGACGAGGCCACCUCUUCCCGGAACGGUGGCCGCUUCCUCGCCUCCCGCCACAGGAAGAGAUCACCCUCAGAUUUCUUCAGCUCUGAGUCCGCGCAAUCCGGCGAGGAAUUGCUCCAACGCGGGCAUUGGCCGAAAUGA